AGUAGUGAGAUAAUUCCUUAGAACAUGUAUCUCAAAUUCCAAUAUUUGAGGUGGAUUUGAGUUUUUCCAGGGUGAAAGUGCUUCCUGAAGGGAUAGGCAGAUUGAAGCAUUUGAAAUAUCUUAUUUUAUAUGGGAAUAUUUACAUUAACAGACUGCCUAAUUCUAUAUGCAAGCUACAAAGCUUACAAACUCUACUACUUGGUGAUUGUUAUGGUCUAAAAGAGUUGCCUAAAAAUAUGAAGGACUUGAUUAAUCUUAGAUGUCUUUGGAUAACUACAAAGCAAAGGUAUUUACCAGUUGGUGGAAUAGGUUGUCUCAAGUCUCUUCAAUAUUUGUUCAUCACCGACUGUGACAAUCUGGAGUCUUUGUGUGAAGAUAUCCAAGGUCUCAAAAGGCUUCAAACAUUGGUUAUCCGUGAUUGUGACAGUUUGGUUUCUUUGCCACCAAGUGUGAGAUUCCUAGCUUCUUUAAAGACUCUUGUUAUUGCAGAUUGCAGAAGUCUUAGUUUGACAAUGAAAGAAGACUCAGCAAGUGAAUUUAGCCUUCGCGAACUGAAGAUCGGAGGACUAUCAAAAUUAGUGGAUUUUCCAGAAUGGCUUCUUCGAGGAUCUACUAAUAGUUUAAAAGUUAUCGAAGUUGUUUCUUGUCACAACCUCAGAGACCUGCCAGACUACAUACACAACAUACAAUCACUAGAAGAGUUUCAUAUCAAAGGUUGUCCCCAGUUACAAGAAACAGAAGGAGGGAAUAAAACCCAUGGUGAAUUACACAAGAUGCUUUGGCCAAACGGCCCCAAAUCUAUCAUAAUCGAACAGACCCAGCACCUGACGAGGGGGGGUCUGCAGCACCUUCAAACCUUUUGCUAACUGAAGAGAAGAAGAAGCCAAAAAUCAGCAAUACUAUUAACCUCCCUAUAUAGAUGCUUCACCCGAACCUGCCAAUCACGUGCCAAACAUUCUUUGCAUACCCAAAAUCAAAUUUCUAUGACAUACACCAGCAGAAGCGUUUGAGAGAAGGACAGCCGCCACUGCCUGGGAAUCAGAUUGAAGGUCUAAUUUUUUUUUUUCCCCCCUUCACUUUUCUUUUUCAAUAUCUGUUAAUUCCCUUUUUUUUAUAUAAUUUUGUGUUGAAAAUAAUGUGACUUAAAAUUAAUCAACUAUUACUAAUUACUAAAAAUUGGUAUAGAUUGCUUGGUUUUUCAAAUAUAUAUAUAUAUAUUUUUUGGGUUAAUUAGAAUUGAAUGGUUGACCCUUGCAAUCACACAGUUUCAGAGUCCAACUUAGAGUAACAUAUCCUGGUCUGGCCGAGGUGAGGAGAUCUCUAGAUUUUCCAAUCUCCGCAUACUAAAAUAGAUGAACAGUUUGUCAGAUUUUAUCUUUUGUAAUUUUACUAUAUUAAUUCAACAUUCUGAGUUUAUUAAUUCAUAUGAAGUAGUAGUGUCAUGUUCAUUAAUUA